CAUCUAUUACUGACGGAUGCCUGAUUUUUGUUUUCCGUAUUUAUUUUGGUUGCCGCUUUUCUAAUCGGUUGGUAGGUUUCUGGUUGAAAUCUUCGAAAUUAAAACUUCUUGAAAAUGUCGUCCCCUGCUCCUAAAUCACCUGAACAAUCCGAUAAAAAUAAAAAAUAUGAUAGGCAAAUACGUCUGUGGGGGGAACAUGGACAAACUCUCUUGGAAGGUGCCAAAAUAUGCCUGGUUAACGCAAAUGCUCUGGGAUGCGAAAUUCUAAAGGGUCUGGUGUUACCCGGCAUUGGUGUAUUUACUAUUGUAGAUGGCUCCGUUGUAUCCGAAGAAGACUUGGGAGUGAAUUUCUUCUUGGAGCCUAGCAAUUUGGGACAGUCGAAGGCCUCAGCAUGUAUGACCUUGUUGCAAGAAUUAAAUCCCGAUGUCAAUGGUGAUUGCGUUGAGGAUAGUGUGGACUAUUUAUUGUCUAAUCGUCCUGCAUUUUUCAAUGAUUUUGAUGUCGUGAUAGCUUCAAAUUUGAGUGAAGAUUCUCUUUUGAAACUUUCCAACUAUUUGUGGGAAGCCAAUAUUCCUUUAAUAUACUGUCGCUCAUUAGGAUUUUUCGGAUCUAUUAGGCUGCAAAUUAAAGAGCAUUGUAUAAUAGAAUCCCAUCCGGAUAAUCCACAAUACGAUCUGCGUUUGGAGCAACCAUUUCCAAGUCUUAAAAAACAUUUUGAUACAACUCUGAUUACCAAUAAAGUGCCUUGGCUCUUAGUACUUAAUAAAUAUCUGGAACAAUGGAAACAGGAGAACAGUGGCAGAAUACCCUCCAACUAUAAGGAAAAAACCCAGUUGAGAGAAACGAUACGUAGAGCCAUGACUAAUGAUGAGGAGAAUUUUGAGGAAGCUAUAAAGUCGGUAAAUACUGCAUUUGGUGGAGGAAAAGUGACGGCAGACCUUAAGUCCAUAUUCGAAGAUGAAGCUUGUACCAAUCUGAAUAAACAAAGCAAACCAUUUUGGAUUAUGGCAAAAGCUUUAAAGGAGUUUGUACAUAAUGAAAACGAUGGUAUGUUACCACUGCCCGGUGUUUUGCCAGACAUGACAGCCGACACCGAAUCGUAUAUAAACCUUCAGAAUAUUUAUCGUCAUCAGGCAAUACAAGAUGCCGACAGUGUUUACAGACGGUCUCAAGCCAUUCUAAAAGAAUUGGGCCUCUCUGCAGAAUCAAUAAGCGAAAAGGCUGUACGGCUAUUUUGUAAGGAAGCUGCUGGUGUCACUGUCAUAAGGGGCUCUAAAAUUGCCGAUGAGUAUGAGCGUAACAAUCGUUUUUUAAAUGUUAUUGAUGUUGAGGUUCAAGGCACACUCAUCGAACAUUACAUUGCUCUGCGGGCAUAUGAACGCUUUCUGACUGAAUGUGGAAAUAUACCCGGAGAUUGUUAUGUGGAAAGUGAUACGGCACGCCUUAAGACAGUUGCAUACAAAAUGCUUGCCGACUGGGGAGUUACUCAAGCCUCAUUGAGUGAUGAUAUGGUUCAUCAAAUUUGUCACUAUGGCGGGGCUGAAGUUCAUACCAUUUCUGCAUUUAUAGCUGGCAUAGCGGCGCAGGAAGUCAUUAAAAUUGUCACUAAACAAUUUAAGCCUGUGGAUAAUACUUUCAUUUACAAUGGAAUAACAUCUGAAACAAUUUCAUUGAAGUUGUAAAUAAAAACCUUUCUUUAAGUUUGUAGCAAA